AUGCUCCUUCUCGGCCUCACCGGAUCGAUUGCGACGGGCAAAUCGACCGUCUCAUCUCUGCUCUCCAAACCACCAUACUCACUUCCCAUCAUAGACGCCGACUUGAUCGCGCGACAGGUCGUCGAGCCCGGCACUGCAGGAUACAAUGCGAUUGUCAAAUAUUUCUCGCCCUCAACACCGGAUCUGCUCCUCCCAGAUGCGACACCAAAAGGCGCGCCGCUGAACCGACCAGCGCUGGGACGAAGAGUGUUUGGUGCUGGCGAGGAGAAGGAGCGCGACAGGAAGAUGCUCAACAGCAUUGUCCACCCUGCGAUACGCAGGGAGAUGUACAAGCAGAUGAUAUGGGCCUACCUGCGCGGCAACUGGGCGGUUGUGUUGGAUGUCCCUCUUCUCUUCGAAAGCGGAUGGGAGCGAUACUGCGGCACCAUUCUCGUCGUGGGCGUCUCAGACCCCGCAAUCCAGAUCCAGCGUCUGCGCGCUCGGGAUUCACAUCUUACCGAGGAAGAUGCGCGGAACCGUGUUAUGAGCCAAGGCGAUGUGCGCGAGAAGGCAGAGCGUUGUUUGCGGAGGGGCCCGGGUAACGGCGUUGUGGUCUGGAAUGAUCACAACAGAGAGCAUUUGGAGAAGGAGGUGCAGAGAGUCAUGCAGGAUAUUCGGAAAAGAAGCCCACGAUGGUGGAGUUUUCUUCUCUGGGUGUUUCCGCCGUUUGGUGCCAUGGCAGGACUGUGGAGCUGGUAUAAGAUGCGGAAUGUGCAGCUGCAAUGGGAGUCAGAGAAGAAGAAGGAAAAGGCAAAGUUGUGA